AUGGUCUAUGGGGGCAAACCAAGUACCGGAUGUUACCUGUGUCGCAAACGGAAGAUAAAGUGCGAUGAAGCCCAUCCGGAGUGCCGGAACUGCAUUAUCUAUGGCCGACCAUGUCCAGGGUACAGGCCGAAUGCUCUCUUCCGCAAUGAGACCGGGAAAGUCGAGCGGCUGAUGAAGAGCAAUGCCAUCGUAAAUGCCAACAGCAAUACCGACAGUCACGAUAGCUCCUCAGCAUCAGACACAUCUAUAUCGGCCGUCUCGCACCGCCAACGCGCAGGCUCACACGGGAAAAACAAUGGCAACACUGCACUGACGCUAUACGCUCCCGCUGACUCCACCUGGGAACAACGAGCACUGUGCUACUUCUUCGACCAGUACACCAUCAAAGCUGAUUGCGAGGACGGCGGACAUCUCGACUAUCUGCCCCCACUGUACGCCCGCGAGCUCGGGCGUCAGAGCGGCGAAUCACCAUAUUCCUGUUUGCGGUCAGCGGUCGAUGCCACGGCGCUGAUGACUCUCGCUAAUGCUAAAAAUGCGCCGUCUCUUAUGACCAAGGCGCGGCAGAGGUAUGGGCGGGCUUUGCGGGGGUUGCAGGAGGCGCUGGCGUCACCAGCUAAUGCGGUUAAGGAUGAGACUUUCGCUUCGGUUGUUUUGCUUUCGUUAUAUGAGGAUAUCUCAGGUGAGCGGAAUGGAUUGUUCAGCUCGCAUACAGCCGGGUUUGAGUUCUUGACGAAACUCCGUGGAAACACGCAGAUUUAUCAUAAGCGUGGUCGAGAUAUGCUUACUUUUGCUUAUAUCCACACGUAUGUCGAAACCCUCGCAUUGGGAGAUACGCCGCGCUUCGAUAUUGAAUGGGUCCUCGGCGUGCUAGACAUCAAUAAACCUGUCGAACGGCUCAUGCUGGCCGCCUCAAAGCUCUGCCGGUUAUUCCUACACAUAAGAUCGUCGCUAAACCCCCCAGACCAAGCAACCGUCGAAUCAUGGAUCACAGCAGGCCGCGAGUGCGAUACCGAACUAUACCAGUGGACACAGACCCUGCCAGACCGCCGGCUCCCACUAGUCGUCUAUUCAGCACAGGGCGAGCCCCUCCUAACCUACAACCGCAUCUCCGACGCCGUGGUCUGGAACUACUACCGCGCAGUGCGCGUGAUGAUACAGCAGCUCCUCCUCGGCCUUAAUAGCACACUUGCCUCCAUCAAAGCGGCCAACAAACAAUUCCCCGAUUCCCAGGAUACCAGCACCCCUGAACCCAAGUCUGGGCCCGCUCUCCAUGAGCCAACUUUGCAGGCUAUCAUCCACGAAAUGAUCACAGACGUCUGCCGCAGCAUCCCCUUCGCCCUGGCGGACGUCGACUCCCUCGGCCGCCUGAAUAAAUCAGAUAGCCCGUUGCAAAUGCGCGCCGCGGAGGGUUACGGCUUGCUCUGGCCCCUCUGGUAUAUUCUCUCCUCUGGUCUGCCAACCCUGGCGCAGGUGGAGCUGAUUCGCACUGUGCUGUCGCGUGUCGGGUCUACGCUAGGCAUUAAAUUGGCGUUGGUUCUUGCUCGGGAGGCGGAGCGUGUCCGUGGAGAGCAGGAUGAGGUGAAAGGUGAAAUUUUUGGUCGGGAUUUACCACGCGGUGCGUGCUAUCUCGACAGCUAA